AUGCUUGCCGUGAGGGAACAAUUACUAGCAGUACAUUAUCCAGAUCUUACGCCUGCUACUCGGUAUCAUCGUCUUCGUACUGGAUUUCACAGGGGUAGAAGAGAUCUUCAUCUCGUUGGCCCUCUCAAAUUUCAUGUACCAGAUGUUAUUUCGGUAAAACAUUUGCAUUUGCAUGUUAUUGUAGAUGUUGAUUCAACAAUUCGGGGCAUGAAAUAUCCAUUGUGGAAUGAAUUGAUUUUUGCGAAGAGCGACCUGGUUUUGAAAAGGCUUGAGGAUGAGGACCAAAAGCUAAAAGCCACGGGAGAGACUAGCGCAGAAACGGGCCAUGCGGAUUUAUAG